ACCGGAAUUCUUUAAGUGACGGACAGAGGCUUGCCUUUUUACAAAAUGACAGCUGAGAAAGAAAACACGAGUUUGAAUGUCACUACUGCAAUUGUGACAGAUAACGACGACAAACUACAGCUAAUGAAAGGUGCAGCUUUCCUGACGACUGUCGCAUCUGCUGGGAUGAUAGCAGGAUUCGGUUCCACGUUAGCCUUGGCCAAGAAAAAGAGUCCAGGCUGGUUUAGCAAGGGAACAAUGGCCACUGCUGCAUUACCGGAGACUGGGGCGUCCCUGGCUCUCCGUGCCCUGGGGUGGGGCUCUCUCUACGCCUGGUGUGGAGUGGGCCUGCUCAGUGUCGCAGUCUGGAAAGCCACGGGGGUCCAUAGUCUAACAGAGUUCAGGCAGAAGAUGCAGUCUGUUUUCCCAGCUAUUCCCAAAAACGAGGAAGGACCUGCCAACUCGGAGGAAUGGGACUCCAUCUUCAAGUCUAAAGAGAACAACGGAUCUAGCUGACAUUCUCCCUGUCUGGUUCAGGGCAGCCUUAAUAAACCACUGAUUUAAACAAUUACUGUGGCAUGGGCUGAGAAGGAAAGGAACUUGGAAUCCAGUGGCUGUACUUGCAGGUUACUGGGCUCAUUCACCGAUGCUCAUCUGAAGUCCAUGCAGAGUACUCCUGAACUAAACUAAUGGAUGUUUGAGGCAUCAUGGUUAAUCUUAAUUUCUGAUUUGAGGCUUAAUAUUUAAGAUCACAGGAGCACAGGACUGUCUUGUACUAGUAUAGGAGUUAGGCUUAGUGCCAGUCUGUGCUCUUGCCAACUCCAUUGCUCAUUGUCAAGCAAAAUAUUUUUGUCAUGCCAAUGAGUGACAAUUUAACAUGAUAGCACAAACAGACUAGCACAGUAUUCCUAGGCAGCAACUGCUUUCUAAUAUUGUAAUCUCUGUGGCUGUUUGGAUUUCUUCAUGGUUCAUCAUGAUAUAAUUGACACUUCUAUUUUUGUUCUAUGAAACUAAAAAAGCUAAGUGUGUUUGCAGUUCUGAAGACAGUGAAGGCUGGCCAGCUGAAUGUGAGGCACCUGUCUGGUUUCACUUAAAACAGACCCAUCAUCCAAUGUAACACCUAUUUAAGUGUUUGCCGUCAGCUAUUCCCAUGAAAGACGAGUAUCAAAGCGAGAACCGACCUGAACUAUUUUAAACUGUCCUGCUAGCCGUAGAAAUACGUGUGCGUCAUCCUAAAUGUGCUUGUGACUGCUGCCCCUGAUGUUUUCACACACAAAGUUGAAUGAGUGCGUCAUGCAAACAUUUGAUGCCACAGCUGUGAUGUGGAGCACGGUGUUGGUUACACAGAGAAGUGUCAGUUCAGCUGUAUGUUAUCUGUUGUGCAUAUGAUCGUUCCUUGCCCGCUGUGCUAAAUAAACCUCUGUACUUACCUACAGUCUGAUAGGUUGCAGAUGCUUUUAUCCAAAGCGACUUAGUCAUGAAUGCAUGCAUUUUUUUUUUUACAUGGUUGGUUGUGAUACUUUGUAGAGGAGAUUCUUGGACAAUGGAAGUGAAUAAAAACGUUUGGCCAUAUUCA